UAAAAUUCCGACUUGUACCCAUCGAACGUGCGCGGUGCGCCCUUCGUUGGAACAACCGGGGACUGUAGAAGGGACCUGGCUUGGACUCGCAGCGCUGCUGGAGCCCAAGCACUGUCUUGCAGCAUUGCUGGAGACCACAGGUUGCCUGCUGACGGAGCCGGUCAUCUCUGCUCGUGUCUCGUUGUUGACGGCGUAAAGGUACGUUUGAUGCUCACUGUGCCACUGAUGGAUCCCAGGAAUGUCGUCGUUCACCUCGCCAUGUCUUGACGUCGAUGAGACUACGCCCGCCGUUGUUGAGUGGGAACACGAUGGCGCAACCCACUGCUUCUCGAAGCCCGAUCCAAAGAUCGACAGCAUCAUGCUACGAAUUCACCUGAGCGGGCUUUGCGCAACUGUCGAGCUGCGCUUUCCGAUGAACUUGAAAGGAGUCGAGGGCAUUUCAUCUGUUGCGAUCUCCAUCGAUCCCUCUUCCAUCACAUCGUUCGACUUCGCUUUUGCUUCAACGGCAUCGGAAGCGGUGCAAGAGAAGUUCAAGUGUCCCGUGGCGUGCCUGAAAUUCCAAACAAACAAGAACAUUCGGCUCUUUGUUCCCACCGCUGCCAAAGAACCGUUAGCCCCUAGCCGAACACAGUCAGGGAAGGUCUUGGAUGCUCUUCGCAUGCUCUCUGCCGCAACAUCGUUCGGUAUUUACGUCGACGCUACAAAGUUUUCCAAAGCCGAGCUCCAGUCCAUCAGUGAUGCCGCGAAGCAGACUCGUUUAGCGCCUUUCCACAACCAAUAUCCUCCUGCAAACAUCGAGACCAAGGUCGUCGAUCUCUCCCCGCAAGACGACGCGCCGCCAGCCUACGAUGAGACUGGGUCUCCCCCGCCAGCUCCCCCAAUCAACGAGAGGAAGCGCCGUCGCAUCAGUAGCCCCGAUGAGGCAAGAGACGAGCUCGCUCAAAUUUGGGCCGAGCUAAAAGCACGGAGCGAGAAGGAUCGACUGGUUCAGCAAGAACUCUCCACCCUGAGACAAGAGAACAGAAGCCUUAAAACAGAUUUCGACCAGCUACGACAGCAGGUCACGACCUUUCGCGAGGACUUCAGCUCUCUACAACGUGAUGUCGAGCAGCUCCAAUGCCAGGAUAAACACAGCGCUGAUCUUCUGGAAAGUUACGACACGCGCCUGGUUGAGCUACGAGAAGACCUAGAGGAUUUGGAUGCCAAGGUGGAUUCCAUCCAGGAGCACAGAGACGAAAAUGGAGUAGCGCAAUCAUUCCUCGACAGAGUUCGCAGUGAUGUGUACGACGAUAUCGUUACACGUCUCACAAGUUGAACCACUCGGGUUAUUCAGUAAACAAACCAUACUCAACAUUCAUCCCGAUGUUGCGUACACGGCGCGCCCAAAGCCAUGCCAGCAUCCCCCCAUUGACUGCCUGCGUGGCGCUGGCCGAAGAAGAAUUCGUCGACGAAACUUCAGUCACCGCCGUUGUUCUUAUGAGCACGAUGAUG